CCUAGAGAAGGCAGGAAAAACCAUUUCAUCUGUAUAAUUGGAGGAAAGUCAACAAUGGCCUCUGCAAGAAAGGUAACUGAGAAGCGACAUAAUCCAGUGGAAAGCAUCUGUAGAAAAAUCAGAGCCGUUCAAAAGAGAGAAGAGAUUUCAAAUCCGAUGCGACAGAUUAUCAAAUACCAAACUAGCAGUUUUGAUAGUCUACAGACUAACACCAGGAAAGAUUUUGAAGAAGUAGUGAAGAAAAUGACUGCUGCGUACACUCCUACACCCAAUACGUACUUUUCAGGUUCUGAAAAAGAUGACGCCUUCAUUUCAUCUCCUCAAAUAGUAUCUCCAAGAACCCCUUUCAUCUCCUAUCUCAGCUCUCCUGAGAAUGCGGCGUACUCUGUUAUCCUCACAAGUUCUGAAAACAUCGCAAGGACGAGAUCACAGAACUCUCAGAAUUAUAUAUCAUUGGCAUCACAAAUCAGAAAGCUCUUCUGGAACAAGGAUUUAAAUAACUAUUGUAGUGAAAAUGAUUUUAGUAACUUAACAUUUGACAUUGAUUCCACCUCUGAUCAAAGCUCUGAAAUUUUUACGUCUCAGGGUUCAGUGGUGAAAAAAUUAUCUCUGAAUGAAGACGGAUGGAAACUAGUAACCGAUGAUGGUAGGGAAGAUGUAACCUACACAAUUAACAUGACUUGUGAAGAAGAGUUACUCACAAGCAUUUUUCAUGCAUGUGACACAAAACGCACAGGCUCAGUAGGAAUUGCUAAAAUAAUAGAUUACCUGAGGCAAACAACUAGUCAAGAUUCUGAAGACAGUGGCCUUGGGGAGCUGUGGAACAUGCUUGAUCCUGAGAAGAAAGGCCUGCAUGUGGAUCUGGAAACUUUCCAUGCCAUCAUGAGAGAAUGGAUGGCUUGCUGUAGAAACAAAUGGGAAGGAGUGAACAGUGGAUCAGGCGGCAGCAUCAGUGACUCUGUGUUUGAACAGGACAGCACAAAAUCAGGCAGAGCAAUUAAGAUGACCACAAAUAUAACCAACUCUACAUCAGGGGACUUCGAGGCUUUGGGCGGAGAUGUGUCUAAAGGAGUCUUAGAUGUGUCUGAUUUGAUUGCCUCUGUAGCAGACCUGCAUUUCAACAAGCAGAAAUUGGAGGAAGAAAAUAAUAAGUUUAAGCUGGCAUUGGAAACCUUGGAAGAAGCUAACAGCCAGUUAUCGGAGGAUUGUACUGAAUUGCGCCUUCAGAUAAAAAGUGCCCACCAAGCUAUUAUGAGAACAAAUCUGUUAAAAGAAGAACUGGAAGAACUAAAAAGUAAUUUGACUGCUUCAGAAGAGCAGAAGACCAUGCUUGUAGCCCAGAACAAACAAUUAGAGACAGAAAACCGGGAUCUGAUUCUUAAGAUUCGGAUUCUCCAAGAAGAGAGUACUAAGAACAUUAUGGAUAUAUAUAAAUUGGAAAAGAAGAUUGAGGAAUUGUCUAAAACGGAGACAGAGCACCAAAUGCAGUUGUACACAUAUGAGAACACUUUGCUUAAUAAAGAUGCAAGUUUGCAAAAGAAGGAUUUAAGUAUAGAAGAACUUAAGUCAACCAUCAUAGAAUACGGAAGCAUUAUAGAGGAUUUACGAGAGGAUAAAAACAAAUUGUCUCAUGACUUACAGCACUUGCAACAGGAACUCAUCCUGAAUGGGAUCCAGUUGAAUGUUAGUGGAGAGCAUAAGAGUAUCAUCUCUGAAGGAGAAAAAUCUUUACAUUGUGAACUCAUUCUUGCUCAGUCUGCUGAGAACGAUGAAACUGAGUGGCAGUGCAGUUUAAUCAGCUUGUCAUCUGUGGACAUGACUAUCGACCAAGAAAUGCUAAUAUUACUCAGAGAACUUGAACAAAAGAGACUGCAAUUCUCAGCUAUGCUUCAGAAGCUGCAUGAAGAAGUUCCCGAAGUUGAAACCCUCAUUGAUAGCUCUCUACAGUGGGUAACUAAUCCAGAAAUUACUGUGAAAGAAAAGUGGGAGAACAAGCUUACUGAAUUCAAAUAUAUCAUGAAAGAGAAGCUAAACCUUUGUAUAUUAAUGCUGAGCAGCUUGGGAAACCAUAAAGAAUCUUUUGAUAAAUUGAUAGAGAUUUUGAAGAGAUUCAGGCUGGAAUAUUUUUACUUCAGAAACGAAUACCUUUUCAGGCAGAAACAACUAGAAGCCAUUAAACAACUGCAAGAGGAUGCUGUCAACCAGGAAGUCAUCCUCGGGAAGAAGGUCCAAGAAGCCAGCCAACGGCUGGAGGCUGCAGGGAAGCAGGUAGGGCAGCUUUUGACUAUGUUAUAUUCAGGGGAAGUCUCCUCAGCUGUCCUUAAAACCAUGAAGUAA